GCCGCCCCACUCAGUCUUUCAGCUCUAACCCAGUCAGUUCGACGCAACUUUUAGCACAGCUAUUGUAUUUAUUGUUUUAUUUAUUGUUUUAAAUAUUUCUUUUAUUUUAGUGUCAGUUUUAGGAAUCGUGUAGGAAUGGAUAACAUCGCCUCUUCGUUUUGCUUAUGCCGGUUUUGAGUGUUUUUUUCCCCCUUUUGACACAUUAAGCAGAGGGCGUCCUGGGAACACACACAACACUGAGCCGGAGAAUCACUCAGCCUCUCGGUUUAUUCUCAGCCUGAGAGCUAGCAUUGCUGCUAACGCCGUGCCUGCCUUUUCAACACUACAGUGAGGUGGCGUUUGUGUCCAGAUCCAGGAUGCAGCUGUGGUGAAAGUGCUACUUGUGCAUGAUGCUAGUGUUGUUCGUGCUGAUGAUGGCUGUGUUGGGCGAGAUUCAGGCCUGCACAAACUGCUCAAACACCACCAAGGAGUGGUGCUAUACAGCAAAAAUCCGCAGCACUGUGCUGCAGGGGCUUCCAUUCGGAGGAGUGCCCACUGUCCUCGCCCUCGACUUCAUGUGCUUUCUGGGGCUGCUUUUUGUGUUCUCCUUCUUGAGGAAAGUAGCAUGGGAUUAUGGGCGCCUGGCGCUGGUCUCGGAUGCAGACAGGCAGGAUCAGCGGUACCGGCGUCUGGACGAACGAGAAUAUGUGGUCUCCGCAUUGCAGACGCCCGUGGAUUCCCGUUACGAGCGCCUAACCUCGGUUUCCAGUUCUAUCGACUUUGACCAAAGAGAUAGCGGUUUCUGUUCCUGGUUAACAGCUAUCUUCAGGAUCAAAGAUGAUGAGAUCAGGGAGAAAUGUGGUGAGGACGCAGUGCACUAUCUCUCUUUCCAGCGCCACAUCAUAGGGCUGCUGGUGGUGGUAGGUGUGCUGUCAGUGGGCAUUAUCCUGCCAGUCAACUUCUCAGGAGAUCUUCUGGACCAUAAUGCGUACAGUUUUGGGAGAACAACAAUAGCCAACUUAAAGUCUGGGAACAACCUGCUAUGGCUGCACACUAUCUUUGCAUUCCUUUACCUGUUACUGACCGUCUACAGCAUGAGGCGACACACCUCCAAGAUGCACUACAAAGAAGACGAUCUAGUGAAACGCACUUUAUUCAUACAUGGAAUCAACAAAUUUGCAGAAGAGAGUCAGAUAAAGCUCCACUUUGAGCAAGCAUAUGAAAAUUGUGUUGUACUGGAAGCCCGCAUUUGUUAUGAUGUGGCCAGGCUCAUGUAUCUGGACUCAGAAAGGAAAAAGACGGGACGCAGCAAGAAGUUCUACACGGACUUGUAUAACAGGGAACACGUACAUACUAUGAUCAACCCCAAACCUUGUGGUCAUCUUUGCUGCUGCAUCAUAAAGGGCUGUGAGCAGAGAGAAGCAAUGAUCUACUACACAGAGCGGGAGGCCAAGCUGAGAGAGGAUUAUAAGAGGGAGAGAGAGAAGGUCAGCACUAAGCCUCUGGAGAUGGCCUUCGUCACCUUCCAGAAUGAAGCCAUGACUGCAGUUAUUCUUAAGGACUUUAAUGCGUGCAAGUUUCAUGGCUGUCACUGUCGGCGUGAGCCCAAAUCCUCACCUUUUAGCGAUAUCCUACAUACACACGACUGGUCAGUCAGCUACGCUCCUGACCCACAGAACGUCUACUGGGAGCACUUGUCAGUAAGCGGCCUAACCUGGUGGCUUCGCUGCUUAAUUAUCAACUGUUUCCUCUUCCUCCUGCUCUUCUUUCUUACCACUCCUGCCAUCAUCAUAUCUACCAUGGACAAGUUUAAUGUUACAAAACCUGUGGAAUACCUGAAUAAUCCCAUUAUCACCCAGUUCUUCCCCACUCUGCUCUUGUGGUGCUUCUCGGCGCUGCUGCCCACCAUCGUCUACUACUCUGCUUUCUUUGAGGCACACUGGACACGUUCUGGGGAGAACAGAACCACUAUGCACAAGUGCUACACCUUCCUCAUCUUUAUGGUCCUGCUGCUGCCAUCUCUAGGCCUCAGCAGUCUGGAUGUGUUUUUUCGAUGGCUUUUUGACAAGACAUUCCUGGAUAAUGCUACAGUGAGAUUCGAGUGUGUAUUUCUUCCGGACAACGGGGCUUUUUUUGUUAAUUAUGUCAUUGCCUCGUCCUUCAUCGGUAACGCCCUGGACCUAUUGCGCAUUCCGGGUCUGCUCAUGUACAUGAUUCGCCUGUGCUUGGCUCGCUCUACUGCGGAAAGACGCAAUGUUAAAAAGCAUCAAGCGUAUGAGUUCCAGUUCGGGGCAGCGUAUGCCUGGUUGAUGAACGUCUUCACUGUAGUCAUGACCUACAGCAUCACCUGUCCGAUCAUCGUUCCUUUCGGUUUAAUGUACAUGUUAUUAAAGCACCUAGUCGACAGGUAUAAUAUGUACUACGCCUACUUGCCGUCCAAACUGGAUAAGAAGAUCCACUCCGGAGCUGUGAACCAGGUGGUGGCUGCACCCAUCCUCUGCCUCUUCUGGUUGCUUUUCUUCUCCACUGUACGCACAGGGUUCUUCGCUGGCACGUCAAUGUUCACUUUUGUGGUUCUGAUCAUCACCAUCAUAGUUUGCGUCUCACACGUUGUGUUCGGACAUUUUAAGUACCUGAGCGCACACAAUUACAAGAUCGACUCGCAGGAUGUGGAUGGAGUAGAGAACGGACAGCCGCCUGGCACCUCUCCACCCACCAAAUCCGCGAAGUACAUCGCGCAGGUUCUGCAGGAGCAGGGCCUAGAGGAGUCAGGCUCUGGGAGUGGUGAGGAGUAUGGCCAGAGUUCCUCACAGGAUGAUGAUCUCAUCGCGCCGGGCUCUGUUGUCAAUGAGGCCGAUUUCCAGUCAGGCGAGGACAGUCUUAUCGACAACGAAGUGCACCAGUGAGGCACACUACAUUCAGUAAAUAGAGCUAAAUAGACUAUAAUUAGAUCAAAAGCAAACACACUGUACUGAGAUCGGAUAAAGCUGUGCUCCAGGGCCCUUAUGCUGUCCGGACCAGGGUUUCAAACAUGGAUACGUUCCUUCCUUUGGGCUUGGAGGGCAGCUAGCAAACACUAACAAGGCUUGACCAUUACCUUUCUUACUUGACGUGGAAAAAGCCACCUGUGCUACUACACACUAACUUAAAUCUAAUCAAGUUCACUGAGGCACUCCUGCUGCUUCAUGACAGCUUGUUCACAUCAUGUACGACUGGCUGUCAAUCACCUACAUCACCUUUGGAUAGAGGAAUCUGUAAUGGUUGCAAAUCCAUUCCUUGAGCAUUAUUGAUGAUGUUUUUGGUUUUGCUUUGGGAGAAAUUCUUUUGAUCAUGGUAUUUAUGCAUUAUGCACCUAUUUUGUGUUACAUGUCUGGAGUUUUUAAUCAGUAGGUUCACGGGUUCAGAAAAGUAUACUGUUCUGUAAAGGUGAGUAUUUUACCUGGACACACUCCACCUUGCUAUCUUUGCAAAUGCAGGGAUAUUUAUUUUUUUUCUCUAUUAAAAAAAAGUAUGCAUCAGUUUUGCAGUUAUGAGCCAAAAUGUUAAUGUUACGAAUGUCCUUUGUGGCUUCAGCUAUACAUGGGGGGAAAAAAACAUUAAGCAAGCACCAAGUACUUUGCUUUCUUGCAGUGUUUAAAGCUGACCUAAACACAGAGCUGCCUUGGCUUCUCGUACAUUUUCCCCUCAUUGAAUUGUUUUAGCACUACGUGGAUCCGUGCUGAAGCAGAGCCGUCUGUCCAGCGAAUCAUUGGGCUUUAUAACUGCGGGUUAUUCGUUAUCAUCAGGGUUAGGCUGCAGCGGUGCUCUCAUUGAUAAUGGGAUUUAUUGACUACUUUAUUAAACAGACUGUGGGGUUAUAACACUGAUUUUAGAUGCCUUUAUUACCUGAUUGUAAUAUGAUCUUAUGAACUCUUGAUUUUGAAUGUUCUCAAAGACAGACUCUGUAUAGUCGUCACUUCCUUGCACGUUCUAGCAUGAGAGUUGUGUAUUUGACUUUCUUUCUUUCUUUCUUUCUUUCUUUCUUUCUUUCUUUCUUUCUUUCUUUUGUUCAUUCUUUCUUUCUUUAAAAAAAAAAAACAA